AAAGCAAUGAAGGCGUUUAAUCAUUCAUAAAAAAUGGGCUAUACAGCAAACACAAAUAUAUAACCAAAUAAACACUUUUCUCGACUGUCCAGAUUGGGUUCGGAAAUAAGUGCGAAAGUUACUUAUUAAGUUAAGAUACUUAGAGAAAUUUAGUUACGGUAACAUGAAAACAUUUGAUUGGCUUUUGAUGGCGACUGCACUGCAAAUACUAUUUUGUUUCGAUACAACAUACUGCUUCGUGACAGUGAGUAAGAUUGAAUAAUUUAUUAUAAUAUUUUUUGUUUAAGCUCAAUGUACGUUACACUAUUCCAUAGAUGAUACCGGUGUUGAAUAAGGUUGUGUCUAAGUUCGACGAGAGACUUAUCAAUAUUUCGUACGUUUUUGAACAUCCGGAGUCUAUCACAAAUCAAAGCCUUUCGUACGAGGCGCAUGUUCUUCGAGAGUUGAAAGAUAUGAAGAUGACAGUCGCCUACUACGUCGUGUCCAGUGAAUCCAUGAACCGGCUUUUAAAGCGCACCGUCGAUGUGUGCUCCUAUGUCAAGCGUCCUAACUCGGAUCGGCUCGUCAAGGUGCUGUACGAUCACAUGGCCCGCAACAAUCGGCUUCCGAGCGUUUGCCCGAUUCCGGCACGGGAAAGGUUCUACAUACACGACCUGCGCCCUGCCGCCAUUACUAUACCGGGCUUUCUGCCCGAGAAUAACUUCAUAUUUGAUACCAGCUUUCAUACCGGUGCGUUAUUGCAACCGCUGUUCCAGCUGCGUUACCACGGCAGGUUGAUGCGAAUCAUCAAUGGUAACAUUUUUCCUACCAUGCAACCACAGCCUAGCACAAGGCCCAAGUCGCCAAUGAGCGAUAAAUAAAAAUUAUAGCAACACAAUCUUGAUGUUACAUGGUAGAUUACAGGGGCAUAAAGGCAUGCAAAGACACUAAAACUGGUGAGCAAUUUUUGGAAAUAAAUAAUUAUUCGUUUAAUAAUUAUCUUCCCGUGUCGUUAACUUCUAUUCAUCAUU